CCUCUCCCUCCCAGACAGCAGGUUCUCUACAGCAGAGCUUUGAAUAAAACAGGUGUCUGCUUUUUUCCUAUAUGGCCAGUAUCUGCUGUCCACGGAGUGGUGAAGUCCCACCGGAUGGGAUCAAUUCUCCAGCCAUAACCCUUCUGGCUGGCUCGCCAAAAUGUCGUAUCUAUCAUGACUAGUUUGCUGAAUUUCCUCUAGAUAGUCAUUACAAUAAUCCUCAAUUUACUGAUCAAAAUGAAGCCACAAACAAAAUAGAUGGGAGAAGCAAAAAUCCAGUUUAUUGUUCAAAAAACAACAUGAGAUCCCCUCGUGAGACGUCCCAAAAGUGAUCUGAAUCUAAGCACAGAUUCAAUGCCCUAUUUAUACAGUCUUAUCUUUAGGUUACACCUACUUAUCUCAUUCUUUUGGAAUCCCAAUAUGCUUUAUUAACGUCUUUUUUCUGAUUCCCCUAAACCACUUCUUGAAAUUUGAAAUACCAUUAGAAUAAGCUUUUCUCAUUCUGAAAUCCCCUUAAAACACAUUUCCAUACAUUGGAUAUACCCUUAUCUCCAUGUUUUCAUUCUGUGUAUUUUAAACAAUUUUAAAGGCCUUCACUGCCAUUUCCACUUCCGUUAACCGAGCUGUGCGCAUCUCUUCGCUCGUUGUCCUGAACAAUUAAUUUGGAUAUUUUCAUCACUUCUUCAUUAUGGGUAAGAUAUAUUUUUAUUAUUGCUUAAUCUUACACAUAUUUCUUCUCUAAUUCUAUCUAUAUGUUUUUGGUGCUUUUUAGACAUUCUGUGAGUAUAUGUGUGUGUGUGAGUUUCUCUUGACCUUAUUUGAGUGUGUGGGUGUGUGUUUCUCAAAACAUCGUAUGACUGUGUUUUUCAUGCUUUUUAACCAUGUCAUGUAUUGAUACCUGUUUCCUGUGCUUUUACAUGUAUUUAUGAAUAUAUUUUAAGUGUUACCACUACUGUUUUAUCUAAUUUCCGUCCUUUCUCUCUGAUCUCCAUCCAGCUAAUCAACGCCCUCCUGCAGCUGGCCUUUCUCUCUCUCAGUUGCUAAAUCUCACAGGCCUCAGUGGCCAGGCUGAAUAUAUACGUCGAUGUUACAGCUCUGCUGGAACGUCUCUGCUCCUCACCUGCACCCACUGGGCAUCCCUAUUCUCCCGCCUAUCGUAUCACUCCAUCGGUGACCUAUGUUCAUGCGUCCACUCAAACUGAAGCUCAAUUUCUUCCCGUAACUUCUGUGGAGGGCCCUUUUAUUAUUUCCUCUGAUGAUGAUAGUAGCUUUGCUACAAACACAUCAUAUGACCUCUCACCUACAAAUUCUUCACCUACAAGCCCUAUGCCCUCCCCAGAAUAUGUGUAUGAUAGUGAUUCUCAAUAAACUACAUACUCUGUUACCCUUGUGUUUUCCUGUGACUUAAAUUAAUUACCACAGAGCCUCAGUACUUAUGACUACUGAGGGAGUUGACAGUGUCUGAGUAAUUCCUUGAUCUGUCUCCAGAUGAAAGGAUUACAAAUAUAAAGAUGAAGAUAAAACUAGAGUAGCUCAUAUAAGGGUUGGGCGAUAUAAACUAUUAGAAUAUAUCCUUAUUAAAAUAUAUUGAUAAUUAAUAAUGUUGCUCACCCUUGUUGGAUAAUUUUAUGGUAAUUAUCUAGUCUAGGGUAAUUCUGUGUAGAACAGUGUCAAACAACCUCAGUCAGGAUUAAAUCCUGCCAAUACAACAAUUUGUAAUGUUCUGAAAAAGAAAGAAAUCACAACCAGACAUGAAACAGGUCAGUCAAGGUAGACAACAGCAGAAACAUUGUGAGAGCUGUGAAGAUAAAACCCAAAACAACAGAACCAGUGGAAGUCUGUAAACCUAUAUAUAUAUAUAUAUAUAGCUGCAAGAGCAUUAGUGAAAUGUGUGUUCUAGCAGCAUUUCAACUGCAGGUGUGCAAUGAUGACCAUGGAUGUUGCAAUCAGAUUCAGAUCUUUGAUUCAAGAUGAAGAAGUAAAAACAUUUCAGAAAUACUAUUAGUUUAAAAUUGAUCACAAAGUAUAUUACAGAAUCUGUGUGGGUUCCUCUCAGCCUCCAAAAAACUGGCAAAUUGAUUGGCUAGGUAUCAUCACCAGCAGAGGGCGCUGUCUUACAACAUUGAUGAGUUCAAACUCACACUUUAUACUACAGGAUGUCUGUAAGGAUAUAAUAAUUAAAAAUACUUGUGAAUAUUACUGUAAAUGAAACUGAAUUAGAGGAUAACGGGGCGUGUUGUCACGCUUUUUCUAAUGUUCCUUUUGUAUGAUGCGUUACAGUGGAAUAAAUGUCAUACCAAAUGAAAGAAUGAAUCCAAGUUUUUAUAUAUUAAAUCAGUACAGCGCUAAAGGCCCUGAAAAAGGACAGUAAACAUUAAAUAAAAUUAAGUUAACUUACUUUUAAAAAAGAGGCAACUGUCAAAGAAAAAAAAAAGAAAAAAAAAACAAUUUUAAAAAUGUAAUAAAAUAAAUUAUUCUCUUUUCCCUGGGAUAGACUCCAGGCUCCAUGCGACCCUGUGUAGGACAAGCGGUACAGAAGAUGGAUGGAUGGUUGAUUCUUUUUUAAAAGUUGCCCCCUUUAAAAAAAAAAAAGUUGUCUUUUUGUAUUUAAAAUGGACUUAUAUUUAUUUAGUUGCCAUCCUUUUGAAAAUGUUGUUUCUUCUUUUUUUGUGUGUGAAAUUUUCAUUUUAAAAUUUGAUUUAAAAAUGUUUGUCAGGUUUGGGAGGUGAGAGUGGAUUCAAGUGUAGAUAGUAUUUAUUAAAUAAGGUGUUGACAAAUCAAAUAUUUGAAAAAAGGACAGUAAACGUGAUCAGAGUAAAAUAAAAUAAAUGGUGCACUUAUAUCCAAAGCACUUUACACUGUGUCUCAUUCACACACCAAUGGUAGCAGAGCUUCCUUGCAAGGCACUAACUUGACAUCAGGAGCAACUUGGGGUUCAGUUUUCUGCUCAAGGACACUUUGGCACAUGGAGUCACCUGGGCCAGAAAUUGAACCGCCAACCCUACGAUUAGUGUACAACCAGCUCUACCACCUGCGCCACAGCCAUCCCUUGUAUACAGAACAGAGAAGAUAUAAACUGUGAGCAAUACUGUAGUACACAUGACAUCACACAAAUGCAACAACAAACACUUGCCAAUGAAACACGCAGAAAGCAGAAAGAAAUAGUUUAUUACGAGUGAGACAUGUGACACGGUCAUGUGACAUGCUGGGGUUGAUGGGUAGUGUAGUUCUGCAUUGUAUUCGGUACAACCAUGGCAAAGUUGACUCUUUUUAUUUAAACUUAACUCUGUUUUUCAUUUCAAAUGUACUCUUAAAAAAAAGUUAACUGUUUAAAGUUGCUUUGUUUUAUUUAAAGUUGACUCGAACGACCUCUUUUAAAUCUUUCAACCUGCUGGUGGGAAGAUUUGUUCCUACUGGGGGCGAGGCACUUUCAAAAAACUGAAGUCAGAUUAAAAGAAAGAUGUGAUGCACUAGACUAUAUACUCUUGACAGUUUCAUAACGGUUUUCUCCCUCACCACUCUAUUUUUUUACUCAACGAAACAAGACUCUCCAGUAGAUGCUGAGCAAGAAAUAUCACUCACAUCUCUUGACAUGAGUAAGCAAGCUAAAAUUGUGAAGGACUUUUUACAGCCUGACCUCAAUAAAGGGAAUUAUGUCCUGAAGAUCAGGGACGUCGUCUCGAUUCACCGCCAGUCACAGAUUGCAUUAAAAAAGAUGGACGGAUACAGUUUCAGGGUGGGAACUUUGGAAGACACGUUGUACAAAGAUAAACCUGACAUGUUAGAGGAGUGGGAGCAGUUCUACCUGAAAGAGGAGAUGAAGAUGGAGGUGAUUGGUGUUCUCGAGGAGUUCCCCUGUGACUCCCUGAAUGCUGAGCUGGUGCUGAUGGUGUGUGAGAAUGGGAAAGUGUUUGCUUAUGAAGAUGAGCACAUGCAUCUCGUUGCCAAAAGCCUGAAAGAGCUGUUUGACCAUGGUCUUCAAUUUCCAGGCAUCAAACGGUACUACCGUGGUCAAGCCUUUGAGCACAUGAGAGAUGCUCAGUGGGACAGAGUGAAGAAAUCAGCAAAAAUGGUUGCACCAAAGAAGCAGGAUCAGGACCUGGUGGAUAGAAUGGAAGAAUCCUUUCUGAUAAACCUGGACAUUAUUGUAGAGAGACUGCAAUCUGAGCAGCCAUGCAGAAUAUCAAGUAAUGUAGAGAGACAUGGAGGCAACAGGAGAAGAAACACGCCGAGAAAAUCCCCCACAUGGAGCACACAGUUCAACAUGGGUAAAGAUGACUGCGUAAAAGCAAUGCCGAAACGUCCAAGAGACCUCUGCAUACCUGUGCAUGUAAAUACCUGAAAGGAGCCAGAGCAGGGAUUAUACUGAGUGAUGAGCUGCAGUAGGAGUGCUCCUGUUUCACCUUUACUUCAUCAAAGUGUUAUAAUGCAGACUGUAUUUACUCAGUGAACUUAUCCAGACCUGAACCACAUCUGAACCACAUCUGAACCACAAUGGACAGUAAAGACAGCCAGAAACCGAUGCCAGUGGGUAUUAAAGAGGUAAACAAGCGAGUGAAAGAUUUUUGAUGCAAACAUGAAGAGCCAGAAGGAAGGAAGGUCUGCCUACGUGCAAGAAUACCCCAGCAAUUUUUUCAGUAGUUUUUAAUCAGUCAAAUAUUCAAAUAGUUUCAGUUUCCUGAUCAGGGCCAAUGUGGGAACAGUUCUGUUAAACAUUCAUUUCUAUAGAAAUAUCUCAGCACACACAUUUUCAGGAUUUUGUGUGUGUAUAGUACAUAAUU